AUUCAAGUGAAAACAAGCGAAGUUAGACUUGAUUUAAAUACUGUUUCAACUAUUGACUCAGCUAACCGUACUUUUAAUGAAAAUGAAAGUUACCGUUCAACUACACAUUCAGUUAAUGCAAGGCCUAAAGUGUUUACCAGGCCACUUAUUGGUGAAGAUUGUGUAUCAGUUACUGGAACAGAUGGAGGAAGAAGAGUGUAUCUUCAUAUUAAAAGAGAGGAAUCAAAAGAGAUGGUCAAAGCAAAGUUCUUGGAUGGCAAGACUCCAGUUAAUCUUCUUGGUGUUCCUUUUUCUGUUCUCAGAGAAACAAUUUAUGAAGAAGUAAAAUCAAGAAAACUUACAGAAACAUUAAAUAAAUCAUACAUAGAAUUGCUUAGUGAUGAUGGCAUCAACAGGAAUUUGUUGACAUGGUUAAAACUAUGGGACGGUGUUGUUUUUGGAAAGGAGAACGUCAAGACAAGAAGGAAGCAUGAUGAGAAAAUUCAAAAAAGGAAAAUAGAACUCGAUGUGACUGGACGACCAUCUCACAAGAUUGCACUGUUGUGUGGUCCGCCUGGUCUUGGUAAAACGACAUUAGCACACAUAGUUGCUCUACAUGCUGGAUACAAUGUUGUUGAAUUGCCUUUCUUUUAUACCUUUAGCGAUGAUCGUUCAGUGGAGGUGUUUCGAAAUAAGAUUGAGUCCACAACUCAGAUGCAGUCAGUUUUAGACUCAGGCAAAAGACCUAACUGCCUUGUUAUUGAUGAAAUCGACGGAGCACCGACACCUGCAAUAAACGUUUUGCUCUCUUUGAUAAAAAGAAGGAUGCAGACUUACAGAAACGCGCAGAAGAAACGCAAGAAACGAUAUAAACACGUUAUUUUAUCUCGUCCGAUUAUAUGUAUUUGCAACGAUCCCUAUGUGCCUGCGCUGAGGCAACUUCGUCAACUAGCGUUUGUGCUGACUUUCCUCUCCACGAUGUCAGGCAGACUGGCUCAAAGAUUACUUGAGGUGUCGAGAAAGGAACUAUUUCAAACCGAUAUGUCUACAUUACUGGCACUCUGCGAAAAGACUGAGAACGACAUUCGAUCGUGUCUUAAUACUCUCCAGUUUCUUCGACAAAGGGGGGAAGUUUUAAGCAUUGAGUACAUCCAGUCAGAAAACAUCGGUCUGAAAGAUAGUCAGAAGAGCCUGUUCUCUUUAUGGAAAGCGGUAUUUCAACUACCAAGGGCGAAGAACAAGCGGCUUGCCACGUUGAUCGAACCACUUAACGAACCUUCUCCGAUGUUACCUGAGUUUGGUUCUGAUGACCCACGAGGGCAUCCGGUCUCAAAAACUCCGCGGACAUUUUAUAACUUGCUUCACUUGGUAUCAUCUAACGGCCAGUAUAACAAACUAGAGAACGGAAUUUUCGAAAACUAUCUUAACAUGAAAUUCAAAGAUUCUUAUUUGAACCAGGUCGUUAUGGCGACAGAAUGCCUUUCCCUAACACUUCGUACGAUCAACAUGCAGUUAUUCAGUUCUGAUGAAAAACAGCAAAUGCGUGACCUCAUCAAUACCAUGAUUACCUACAACAUCAACUACCUGCAAGAGAGGAACAUUGAGGGACAAUAUUCUUACAUCUUUGAUCCUAAAAUCGAGGAAGCUGUCAAAUUUCCUGGUCUGCCACAGCAUAAGCAGUUGACCUAUGCAAUGAAGCAGUUGAUCGCAAGAGAGGUAUGGCAAUACUACAGAUUUAUAUUCCUAUUUAGUCUGUUGAUCCUUGCGUCUGUACUAGUUAGCUCCUCAGUUAAAUCGUUAUUGAGAGCAUGUUGUUCUGCAAACUUUUUUGUUCGACCGAAGGAAUUGAAGUUAAAAACAGGAAGUAAGUGUUAUAAAACAAUGCAAUGUAUAGGGAAACAACAUCAGAUAAAGACAUUAGACUGGAGUAUAGGUGACCAGUUUCUACAUCAGAUCACUCCAGAUGAAGACACUAGACUGUCUCUGUUUCAUCUUUCAGAUGAUGAAUCUCCUACUGACAGCACAAAUUCACAUUCUCCAUUUUGGUUUAAGUUCCAAGAAGGCUUUUCAAAUGCAGUUCGAAGACCAGUAAAAAUCCAGGACCUCCUCUGAUGAAGGCUUUAGUAAGUCAGCCUCG